GUAAAGAGUCUUUCGCAGAAUAUCGAAUCUCCGUUGUUGAUCGGGAACCGCAUCUUUCUGCGACUCGGUUGUCGUUCCUUUCCUUUCGUCUCGUAGUUACUAAAUCAGAUCUCAUCUCUCACUCUCAGUUCCAAUAAUACCCCUUCCUAAGAGCCAACACGUAUCCUUCCUUCAUCAGCCUUUGCGUAUAAAAAAAUGAAACUGGAAUAGAUUUAUUCGUAUUUCAUCGACGUUUCUUUUCGCAUUCCACAUAGUUUUUCUUCACGGAUUUGGUUCGAUUGCUUUGAUCCUCUGUUUUGUCAAAGAAUAUGGGACAAAAGAGAUGGUUCUUCUUGCUGGCAGUUUUUGCUUGUCUUUUUUCAUCUUCAUGUGGUAGAGUUCUCAAGUUGAAGAGUGAUGAUGAUCGACCUGUUUACAACCACACGCUUGCCAUAACACUUGUGGAGUAUACUUCUGCAGUUUAUAUGUCUGAUUUGUCAGAACUCUUCACUUGGACGUGCGAAAGAUGCAACGGUUUGACAAAGGGUUUUGAGGUAAUAGAGAUAAUAGUUGACGUUGAGCACUGCUUACAGGCAUAUGUUGGGGUGGCUAAGGAUUUAAAUGCUAUCAUCAUUGCAUUUCGGGGAACUCAAGAACACAGCAUACAAAAUUGGGUCUCAGACUUGUUCUGGAAACAGCUCGAUUUGAAUUACCCUGAUAUGCCAGAUGCAAUGGUGCACCAUGGAUUUUAUAGUGCUUAUCACAAUACAACUGUACGGCCUGCGGUUUUGGAUGCAGUAAAACGAGCGAAGAAAUCAUAUGGGGCAAACCUCAACAUCAUGGUGACUGGUCAUUCAAUGGGAGGAGCCAUGGCUUCCUUUUGUGCGCUAGACCUAGUUGUAAAUGAAGAUGAAGAAAACGUACAGGUUAUGACAUUUGGGCAACCCCGUGUUGGGAAUGCUGCUUUUGCAUCUUAUUACAAUUUGCUUGUGCCUAAUACCUUCAGGAUCAUACAUGACCAUGAUAUAGUUCCUCAUCUGCCUCCUUACUAUCAUCUUUUCCCUCAAAAAACAUACCACCACUUCCCAACAGAGGUGUGGGUGACAGAACUCAGUGUUUUGAAUAUUGUUAUUCGUGGUGUAGAGAAAGUUUGUGACAACACCGGUGAAGAUCCUACGUGCAGCAGAUCGGUAAUGGGAAGUAGCAUAUCCGACCAUUUAACGUACUUUGGAGUGGAGUUAAUGGGUGAGACUUGGAGACAAUGCAACAUAGUGAUGAGCCAUGAGAUGGAGAAUUACAGCAGGAAAGAUUCGAAGGGUAACAUAUUCCUGUCGCGGACAGUUCCUUCCACGGACGUAAUCAAAACAAAAAGUAUAUUUAAAACCGGAAUCUCUAGUCUAUAGGAGUUGGUUGAUUUGAGUCUCAAACAAGAAUACUUGCUUGAAAUGGAGGUUGGGAGAUUCAGAUGUGCAGGAAGAAGAAGGGUUCUUUAAUUCUGUGUGGUCGUCAAAGAAAGUGAACAAAUGACAAUCAAGACAUUGUAAAUAAGUCGUAGAUUGAUACCUUGUAGCAAUUGUUAUUAAAUUUAAACCCAUGAUCACAUAGAUAGUGGACUCAGCUUUGUAAAUAUGUGAAUGAAUAUCCAAUUGCUGUGGAUGAUGAAUUUCUGUAUUAUAUAAUAUUCUGUCCUUAUCUUUUUGGAAUAAA